AUCAUUAACGUGUCACGUCCACUUCGUCUUUUUCGGGGAAAAAGUAGUACCAGCUAAAUUGCAGACACACCCUUCGGUGGCUCUACAGUUCAACAGCUUUUCGCCAUAUUUUCAAUCCACCAUGUGAUGCUUCAGCACAAUUGUUGUUGCUUUGUUCAGAAGUUUUUCUUGGUUUGAUCGUCAAUGGCUGGAAUUGAUCGUGUAAAGUACCCUUCUCUCCCCUCGAAUUACGUCACCAUAGCUGAGCUUAAAGAACGAUGGCUUAAAGAGAAAGAAAGGAAGCAGCAAGAAGAAAAGGAAAAAAGAGAAAAUGAAGAAAAGAAAAAAUAUCCACUUCUUCAAAAUCAUCAAAAUCGCAUUGCAAAUGGGUGUACCCAUAGUCGAGCUCCAGUUGGGAAAAAUCUGCAGAAGCGUGAAAAUCACAGUGGAAAAGGUUGGCGUGAGGUGGGUUUGAUUUCUAAGGAACCCAAUUCAAAGGAGGUUAAAACCACUUCUCCAGUGGUUGAAGAAGGUGUUGAUGGAAGAAAGGGAAAAGAGAAAAUGGGCUAUUUUGGAGAUAGAAAACCUAGGGUUGAAAGAGAUAUGGUUAAGGUUUCGACUAUUGAUGUGGCCGAGGAAGAAAUGAUGGCUGUAGUGAGUGUGGAAAAUGGUGGACAAGAAUCAUCUAAGAGUAAAUGCAAUAAGGAGGUUGAAGAAGUGGCUAGUGUUUGCAUGGUGGAGGUUGUAGGAGAAAGCAAUGUUGAUGGGGAAAUCGCAGGGAAGAAAUGUAGAGUUGGGUUUAGGGGAAAGAAAAAUAGCUGGAGAAAGAUGGGUGAUAGGAUUGGAGAAGUGAGCGAUAAAGCUGACAGUGUGGAGCAAUCAGGACAAAAACAUAAUGCAGGGAAGGAGGUGGUUUCCGUUGAUGUGAAAGGAAGAACUAAUGAGAAGGUGAGAGUGGGAGGUGCAUUUCAUGCAUACGGUGAUAAGGAUGUGGCUUCUUAUGAUGUGGAGGUUGUAGGAGAAAACAAGGUAGAUAGGGAAAUCGCAGGGAAGAAUUGUGGAGUUGGGCAUAACGGAAAGAAAAAUAGCUGGAGAAAGAUGGGUGAUAGAGUUGGAGAAGUGAGCGAUGAAGCAGGCAGAAUGGAGCAAUCAGGACAAGAACGUAAUGCAGGGAAGGAGAAGGUUUCAGUUAAUGUGAAAGAAAGAACUAGUAAGAAGGUGACACUGAGUGGUGCAUUUUGUGCAUACGGUGAUAACGAGGUGGCUUCUGUUUGCUGGGUGGAGGUUGUAGGAGAAAACAAGGUAGAUAGGGAAAUGACAGGGCGCAAUUAUGGAGUUGGGUUUAGGGGAAAGAAAAAUGGCGGUAGAAAGAUGGGUGUUAGGGUUGGUGAAGUGAGCGUUAAAGUAUACAGCGGGGAGCCAUCAGGACAAGAACUUAAUGCAGAAAAGGAGAAGGUUUCAGUUGAUGUGAAAGAAAGAACUGCUGAGAAGGUGAGAGUGGGAGGUGCAUACGGUGAUAAGGAGGUGGCUUCUGUUGAUGUGGAGGUUGUAGGAGAAAACAAGGUAGGUAGGGAAAUCGCAGGGCAGAAUUGUGGAGUUGGGUAUAGGGGAAAGAAAAAUAGCUGGAGAAAGAUGGGUGAUAGGGUUGGAGAAGUGAGCAAUAAAGCAGACAGUGUGGAGCAAUCAAGACAAAAACAUAAUGCAGGGAAGGAGGUGGUUUCAGUUGAUGUGAAAGAAAGAACUAAUGAGAAGGUGAGAGUGAGAGGUGCAUUUCAUGCAUACGGUGAUAAGGAGGUGGCUUCUAUUUGCACGGUGGAGGUUGUAGGAGAAAACAAAGUAGAUAGGGAAAUCGCAGGGCAGUAUUGUGGAGUUGGGUAUAGGGGAAAGAAAAAUAGCGGUAAACAGAUGGUUGAUAGGGUUGGUGAAGUGAGAGAUAAAGCAGACAGUGCGGAGCAAUCAGGACAAGAAUGUAAUGCAGAAAAGGAGAAGGUUUCAGUUGAUGUGAAAGAAAGAACUAAUGAAAAGGUGACAGUGAGUGGUGCAUUUUGUGCAUACAGUGAUAAGGAGGUCGAAGAAAUGGCUACUGUUUGCACAGUGGAGGUGGUAGAAGAAAACAAGGUAGACAGGGAUAUCACAGGGCAGAAACAUAGAGUUGGGUUUAGGGGAAAGAAAAAUGGCGGUAGAAAGAUGGGUGAUAGAGUUGGAGAAUUGAGCGAUAAAGCAAACAGAGUGGAGCAAUCAGGACAAGAACAUAAUGCAGAAAAGGGGAAGGUUUCAGUUGAUGUGAAAGAAAGAACUAAUGAGAAGGUGAGAGUGAAAGAUGCACUUUGUGCAUAUGGUGAUAAGGAGGUCGAAGAAGUGGCUACUGUUUGCACGGUGGAGGUGGUUGAAGAAAACAAGGUAGAUAGGGAAAUCGCAGGGAAGAAAUGUAGAGUUGGGUAUAGGGGAAAUAAACAUAGCAGGAGAAAGAUGGCUAAUAAGGUUGGAGAAGUUAGCGAUAAAGCAGACAGUGUGGAGCGAUCAGGACAAGAAAGAAAUGCAGAAAAGGAGGAGGUUUCAGUUGAUGUGAAGGAAAAAACUAAUGAGAAGGCGAGAUUUAGAGGUGCAUUUCAUGCAUACAGUGAUAAGAGCAAAGAUGUACUGAUAGAUUCGGAGGCUGGUUUGAAGAUGACGAUUGAGAGAGAUCUUGGGGACUUAUCAUUGACUGAUAGGAGGUAUGGUCAUGGGAGAUCGAGUAUUAGGGUGUAUGGUGACAAGUGGAGAUAUGGGAGUUCCGGAAGGUAUGAACCGCGAAAAAUGUUAACGCAGAGGGAUAAUAGCUUUGCGUGGAUUAAAAAGGGGGAGUCUUCAAAUGGCAAUGUUGCUGAAAUUGAAACUCAGGGAAGUUUACCAUGUGAAAGUUUAGCAGAAAAGAGACGGCAACUACUGGAUUUUCUCAAGGUUGAUUUUUCAAGCCAAAGUACAAGUCGGAGUAAGCUGUGCUCUCAGUGAAUCAAGUCAAUUUCCUUACAGAAGUGGCUUCUUAUUCAUUAAUUUCACCAAAGCGAUUUCAUUCUUAUUGGGAAUUCAGACAACUUUGCAUGUAAAUUCAUUAGUAGUUGUCUAUCCCAGUCUUCUCUGUUGUAUGAAAGACGGUUUUUCUCCUCCCCCUUGACUCUCUUGCGGUUUUAUAUUAAACUGUAAAUGAAAAUGAUGUCAAAUCUAUAAUCAUGAACUAUGCAUUUUGUGUAAAGAUAGUAGUCUUGCGAA